GCAUCAGACAACAAAAGCAAAACUUAUGUCACUGCAUCUUUUUUCUGGAGAUUAAAUGGAUUCACUCUCUCAGUUUCACAGACGUGUGUCAUCAUCAUGUGAACAGGAAGGAUGUGGAGAAUGAUGAACAACUCUCUCUUUAUAUAGGGUUGAGAUUGCAGGUCUCUGAGCUGUCACUUCACAUCACAUCACAUCAAACUGGCUGGAAGAAUCUGAGCAAAGUGACAUCUUCCGAACUGAACUGAGCUGUGGAGGAAAUGAAACUCGAACAGAAAAACUGGGAAAUCAUAUACAAUCACGUCUGCACUAUGGAUCUCGGGUUAUUCCAGGCUUUGGAGAGAGAAAGAGUCCUGGAGGUUCUUCAGAGAGACAAAGCACUUCGAACCAUUGAAGCAGACAGAAUCAGGAGGCUGAAGGUAGAACUUCAGGGUAUCUGUCGACAGGGUGCCAAGGCCAUCACACGUCCCUAUGGUCAGAGAUCAUGUGCACGCUGUCAGCGGCUUCUGGGAAAGUUCUGGGACUGUGGUUCAGUGUGCUGCGGGUGCAGCCAUCGCAUCUGUAAGCACUGUCGGGUCGUCUGGUCUGCACAGGAGUGGAAGUGCACAAUGUGUCAUGCAUACAGGGAAUUUAAGAUCAAAUCUGGUGAAUGGUUUCUGGAACAGCAAGCAAAGAAAUUUCCGGAUGUCAGAGAAAACAGUCAUGAAACCAUCGGAGACAAACUAUUACAGUCUUAUCAACGUCUCAGCUUUAUUGCAGUCGUGCCUCCAACUCCUCCUCCUGUUUAUGAAGCCUCAUCAUAUAACAGAUUGAUUCAUUUAACAGAACAGGACCUCAAAAAAUCAAAGCCAUUUACUAAAUCUGUGGAGAACCUGAUGGUGUCUGUCAGUGCUCACAUAAAAAAGUUCUCCAAAUCUCAGAAUGAUCUGAGUGUGGAAGCGGGUCAGCUGACCGUGGAUCACGGACUGCUGCAGAACUCAAGACACAAGAGCCGAUCAGAGAGUGCCAUCAACAAAGCCAAUCUGUGCAAAGCACCAAGUCUUCCCAAUCUAUCCCACAACAGCAGAGGCACAGAGCAGUAUGCUUCAACAAGUACUCUUUACCUGACAGAUGACGACGCUUCAUAUACAUCCGCAUACAGCAAUGAGCAGAGGGACAGCAACAGUAGCACAGGAAUGGAUUGUGGGAUCUCUGAAAACACUAGUGUGACCGGAGAAGUAGAGGUUGCCUUCGGUUACAACAACAGGACGUCCUGUUUGGAGAUAACUGUCAAAGCCUGCAAAAAUCUGAUGUUUGGAGAUAUGAAGAAGAAAUGUCAUCCGUAUGUAAAGGUCUGUUUGCUUCCAAAGAAAUACCACGAUUAUAAGAUGAAGACAGUAGUCAAGAUGGGAAAUAACCCAGUUUACAAUGAAACCUUUACUUGUGUGGUUGCUGCUGAGCAGCUGGGCAGCAGUGUAGUUCAGGUGUCAGUGUGGCACUGCAGGGGACUCAAGCGGAAGCUCUUUCUGGGCGAGACGCUCGUCCGUCUGGCUGACUUGUGUCUGGAGAGCACAGACACUCAGCGCUCUGUCUGCUACGCACUCGGUCCAAAGCAGGGUUAUCCACUAGGUGGCGAUGUCGAGCUGCUGCUUAAAGCUCAAUUCCAGUUCCUGCCACAGACUUGCCCACAUACAGCCGACCUUUUGAUUGGAGCAGCUGGACAGCUCAAAGUCGUCAUCACUGACGUGUCGAAGCUGCGUUUUCUGUCAAAAACAGCUUACAUUGAAGGAAUCCUUUGCCUUCCUGGAGCUCGAGAGCUGGUGCAGAGAAGUCCAGCACUGAAGAAGACUGCCGGUUCUGUCCAAAUGAACUUCAGCAGACUGACGCGUCAGGAGCUCCAGCAGGCCACGCUGCAGCUCAACCUGUGGGAGAAAAACACCUUCAUCCUCACUGACCGUCUACUGAGAUCAGCACGGCUGGCCGGAGAAUCGUCAUGGCAACGUCUGCAGCAGAUGCCAGGAGAGUGGCAUGACUUCCUUCUUCCAUUUCAUGCAAAUGUCAGCACAAGCAUGAGGUCAUAACUGAAGAAGGUGGAUCCUUUCCAUCAACCCACAGAUCCUGGCGAGUGACAGUUGUGUUUACAAGCUCAAUCCUGACAAACCAAUGCCCAGAUCGUCUUUAAAGUGCCUCAUUCUUAUCUCUUUAGACAUGAACUGUUUUCUGUGUUGUUGCUUUAUACAGUAUAUUUUAUAUUCAUCAUUUCAUAACUUAUUUAAUAAAUUAAAUAUUUCCACAAAGGCAGCAUGCGGUGCAGUAUUCUGUUUUUAAAUAAACACACCCAGAUCUGUUCAUCAUAAAUCUUUAUUUCUAAUAUAAUAAACACCUUUUAGGGGAAAAUAAAUAAAUCCAGUUGUCAAGCUUGAUAAUAGUCACACUUUAAAAUGUUAACCCAGGGUCAACUAGUUCUUAACCUGGGUUAGUUACUAGAUUCAUAACCCAGGAUUAAAAACAAUGUUAAGCCCUGUAAAAACACUCCUCAUCUGCCACUGGAUGGUAGUGCGUAGUGUGAAAAGCUUAUUUGUGUAUGGAUGACAUCAAGUAAUAUUUUAAACAUUAAAACAGCUCAUUUUGAUGGUGGAAAAUCAAGAAUGAAUUUAAGACUUUCAGCCUAUGUACAAAACCCCCCCCAAAAAAAGCAACAACAAAAAUACUAUUCUAUUUGUAUGAAAGUGGCACCACAUGGUUACAGGCAUCA